GGUGUCCCCUUUUUGUUGGGUUGUUUGCUUUUGGAAGACAAGAAGCCCCCGGCGCCGGCGCCGGGCUGAGCGGUGCCUGAGCCCCAGACUGCGCCCUGUCCUGGAGGGAGGCGCCCAUCACCUCGGCGGCGGGGCGGAGGGGCCGCGGGCGGGAAGGGUGCGCACCUCGGCGGGACGCCCCGCCCGCCGCCCGCCCGCCCGCGGCCCGCCCUUGCUGGCGCAGCCCAGGGCCCUCCCGAAGCUAUUUUGAAAGUGACCCUGGGCUGGGGCGGCCGCGGGCGGCGGGCAGAGGCGCGGCGGGCGCGCGGGAACCAUGACAGAAGAUGACCGAGGCGGCGCUGGUGGAGGGCCAGGUCAAGCUGCGGGACGGCAAGAAGUGGAAGAGCAGGUGGCUGGUGCUGCGCAAGCCGUCGCCGGUGGCAGACUGCCUGCUGAUGCUGGCCUACAGGGACAGGACGGAGCGAGCCAAAGGCCUCCGGGAGCGCAGCAGCCUGACGCUGGAGGACAUCUGCGGCCUGGAGCCCGGCCUGCCCUACGAGGGCCUGGUCCACACGCUGGCCAUCGUCUGCCUGUCACAGGCUGUCAUGCUGGGCUUCGAUAGCCGCGAGGCCAUGUGCGCCUGGGACGCCCGGAUCCGCUACGCGCUAGGCGAGGUGCACAGGUUCCAUGUGACGGUGGCUCCAGGCACCAAGUUGGAGAGCGGCCCUGCCACCCUCCACCUCUGCAACGAUGUCCUCGUCGUGGCCAGGGACAUCCCUCCGGCCGUCACGGGGCAGUGGAAGCUGUCCGACCUCCGGCGCUACGGGGCCGUGCCGAAUGGAUUCAUCUUUGAAGGCGGGACCAGGUGUGGCUACUGGGCCGGAGUCUUCUUCCUGUCCUCAGCCGAGGGGGAGCAGAUCAGCUUCCUGUUUGACUGCAUCGUCCGAGGCAUCUCCCCCACCAAGGGCCCCUUUGGACUGCGGCCGGUUCUCCCAGACCCCGGCCCAGGGGGGCCCACCACCGUGGACGAGCGAGUGGCCCAAGAGGCCCUGGAAGCCCUGCAGCUGGAGAAGCGGCUCAGCCUCCUUUCCCACUGUGGCCGGCCGGGCAGUGGAGGGGAUGACCGCAGCCUGUCCAGCUCGUCGUCAGAGGCUAGCCACUCGGACGUCAGCGCCAGCAGCCGGCUCACAGCAUGGCCAGAGCAGUCCUCGUCCUCUGCCAGCACGUCACAGGAGGGGCCUGGGCUGGUGGUGGCCCAGGCCUCCGGGGAGGCCGCGCUGGGCGCCUGGAGGCCACCCCCCAAGCCGCUCCGGCCGCGGCAGCUGCAAGACGUGGGCCGCCAGAGUUCCUCGGACAGUGGCAUCGCCACCGGCAGCCACUCCUCCUACUCCGGCAGCUUCUCCUCCGUCGCCGGCAGCAGCCUGGAUGUGUGGCGUGCCGGCGAAGAGUUUGGCUCGCUGCUCAGCCUACUGCCAGCGGCUGGGGCGCCCGAGCCCAAGCUGUGUGCCUGCCCACCGGGGACAGCCGAAUACCAGGUGCCCAGCGCCCUGCGGCCCCAUUACGACACACCCCGCAGCCUGCGCCAGGCCCCCAGGGACCAGACCCCGGCAGCGCAGGGCAGCCCUGACGACAGUGCCGCUGGGGACUCGGGUGGCCAGACGUCCACGGGGUGUCCCUCCGCCUGGCUGGGCGCGAGACGGCGGGGAGAGGUGACAGAGGCCCCGGGCAGUGAGGCGGUGCCGCCCAGCCCGGCCGCUGGAGGGCCCUUGGAAGCAGGCGGCUCCCACGCGGGACCCCCUCCGGCUUUCUUUUCCACGUGUCCCGCCUGUGGAGGACUCAAGGGAGCAGCCGCCUCACCCCCUGGGCUCCUGAUGCAUCCAGGAACCCCGGGGCCCGAGGCCCCCAGCUAUGUGAACGUCCCCGCCAGCCCCUCCUCUCGGAAGCAGCUGCACUACCUGGGCCUGGAGCUCCAGGAGGUUGCAGCAGGGGUCCGAGGGGCUGGCGGGUCGCACUACGCACAGAUCGACCUCGCGGCCACGGCGGCGGCCCACAGGGCGGGGGCCCAGCACGCACAGGCCCGUGAGGAGCGACUGGCUGAGCUGGAGCCCAAGAGGAAGGGGACCCCGCGCUGAGGCCUCCACGACUAGACAGCCACGCGGCCGGCCGACAGCGGGUCCGAGGGAAGCUGGCCUCCUGGCAGUCACCUGUGCCGCGUCCCAGAGGUCUGGGCUCCUGCUUCAUGGCCUCCUGGCCACAGGGUGGGCAUGGCUGGUUCCGAACCCUCCCCGCCUCACUGGCCCCGGUGCACAGAGCUGCCCCUUCCUCUGGCCUUAACAAGUCCCUCUGGACCCCAGGUGGGAGGCAGCAUCCUGGCUGCAGGUGGCAGGCGGCCCCGGGACGCAAACCGCCCUCCUCUCCCCAGAGGUGGUGCCGCCCAAUUGAUGACCCGGCCGGGCCCCUCACAUGCAGAGCUUCCCGCAGCGCUGGGUGCACGGACCUCCAGCUGACCCGCGCCACUCCUGGGGCAUCGGCGCCGAGCCUGGGACGGUGUGGCGGCCAAGCCCCGACACAGGAGGACUGUUCCACGUUCCGACCUGCCAGGCCACCAGGGUGGCCCCCACACGCGUUUACUGGCUGCAUGGCUUCUUGGGACCCAUUACAGUUAGUCAUGUAAAUAGUUUAAAAUCCUUAAUGUUCUAUUUUUAACAAUGCACAUUAUUUUC